GCGCCGUCUUGGGAGCGAGCAACGAGGCCAGAAACCCUACACCCACGACUCCCCCCACCUUUAUAUAAACCGCUUUCACCUCUCCUUCCUAAUCUCUCUUUCCCCUCGCCCUUCCGAUCCUUUUGUUUAGGGUUUUGCUCUCUCUCACAUCUCCGUGGAGGUCGCGAUGAGCAACGACAAGCAACAAGACAACCUCAAUCUCUCCGAUCUCGGUUCCGCUCUCCCCACCACCACUCCCGCUCUGAGCGCGGAGGACCGGGCCGGCCUCGUUAAUGCUCUGAAGAACAAGCUCCAGAGCCUAGCAGGGAAGCACUCUGAUGUGCUGGAGACCCUCUCGCCGAAGGUCAGGAAGCGCGUUGAGGUGCUGAGGGAGAUCCAGAGCCAACAUGAUGAACUUGAGGCAAAAUUUUUUGAGGAAAGAGCUGCGCUUGAGGCUAAAUACCAGAAACUUUAUGGCCCACUUUACAGCAAGAGAUAUGAGAUCGUGAAUGGUUUGGUUGAAGUUGAAGGUGUUACAAAUGAACCUGCGGAGGAAAACCAAACAGAAGAUAAAACUACUGAAGAAAAAGGUGUACCAAAUUUUUGGCUGAACGCUAUGAAAACAAAUGAAGUGCUGGCCGAGGAGAUUCAAGAGCGUGAUGAGGGAGCUCUGAAGUAUCUUAAGGAUAUCAAGUGGUGCAGAAUAGACAAUCCCAAGGGUUUCAAGCUUGAGUUUUUCUUUAAUCCUAACCCUUAUUUCAAGAAUGCCAUCCUGACAAAAACAUAUCAUAUGAUUGAUGAUGAAGAACCGAUCCUAGAGAAAGCAAUAGGGACUGAAAUUGAAUGGUUGCCAGGAAAGUGCUUGACUCAGAAGCUUCUGAAAAAGAAGCCAAAGAAGGGCUCAAAGAAUGCCAAGCCCAUUACCAAAACUGAAGAAUGUGAAAGUUUUUUCAACUUCUUUAAUCCACCUCAAGUCCCUGAUGAUGAUGAGGAUAUCGAUGAAGACGUUGCUGAGCAGCUACAGAGUCAAAUGGAGCAAGAUUAUGAUAUUGGGUCCACUAUUAGAGACAAGAUUAUUCCUCAUGCUGUUUCAUGGUUUACCGGGGAGGCUGUUCAGGAGGAUGAUUUUGAGGACUUAGAAGAGGAUGAUGAAGAUGAAGAUGGGGAGGAUGAUGAGGACGAAGAAGAGGAUGAUGAUGAUGAUGAUGAUGAGGAUGAUGAGGAAGAGGAAGAGGAAGGAAAGACAAGGAAGAAGACAGCUGCAACAAAGAAGAAGAGUGGAGGAGAUGGUCAACAGGUGGACCGGCCAGCGGAGUGCAAGCAGCAGUAAAACUUUUCUGGAAUGAAGUAUUUUCUGGACUUUUUUAGAGUGCAGGUUGGAGGAUCUGUUUCCAGGUGUUGGCUAAGUCAAGUCAUUUGUUCUCAUUCCCUUCUAUCGUUUUAUGUGGAAAAGAUGAGAACGGGAGGUCGGGGAACUGAAGUUUUGGUGUCUUCAACAUUAAUACCGCUACCUUUAGUUUAUUCUUUUUUAGUUUCCUUCUAUAUGGGUGUGUGAGAUGGUUGUUUAGAUUAUUUGUAGGCCUUUUUGGUUGGGGAAGAUUUUUUACUGCCUUUCUAGUGUGUACGCGGAUGAACCAUUAAUUGUUAUAUUUAUAUAUAAUGAUUAUUGUGCCUUUCUGAUUU